CCAUGAUUCGACGGCCGCCACCUCGUCCCCCUUCCGUCCUGACCUGCACCGGCUUCCUUCUUACCCUUCGUGGCGGCGGGCGCUCCGCUUAAUUUACUUUGGUUUGCCCCCAACAGUAAUUACGCAUUUGUUUAUGGUGUGUUGGUUUCGUCUGCUGGCUUUCCUCGCUCUAUAUAUACACCCUCAGACCUUCACCCCAACACAACUCUCGUCUCUCAAACCGGCUCUAUAUAUACGCAUCUGUUCAUGGCAUCCGCGGUUGACGGCGGGUGGCUCGUGUCGCUUCAGGUUGCCGCUAAAUGUGGUGGGCUCUCCGCCGACCCCGCCCGCCUCCUCUCUCUCGCUGUUGCCGUAGCGAUCUGCUGCCUCGCCACUCUCCUGCUCCACUGGGCCUCCCCGGGUGGCUCCGCCUGGGGGAGGUACUGGUGGAGCAGGCGGCGGCCCUGGGGCCUCGGCCACGCCAUCCCGGGGCCCCGGGGCCUCCCCGUCCUCGGGAGCAUGCGCCUCAUGUCCGGCCUUGCCCACCGGAAGCUCGCAGCAAUGGCUGACGUCAUCCCUGGCUCUCGGCGGCUCAUGGCGCUCAGCCUUGGUGACACACGGGUGGUCGUCACCUGCGACCCAGAGGUGGCCAGGGACAUUCUCAACAGCCCCGAUUUCGCCGACCGGCCGGCCAACGAGUCGGCCUACGGGCUCAUGUUUCACCGCUCCAUAGGUUUCGCCCCCUACGGCGCCUACUGGCGCGCUCUGCGGAGAAUCGCGGCCACCCACCUCUUCUCACCCAAGCAGACAUCCGCCUUCGCGCGCCACCGCGCCGACAUCGCCGGCCAGAUGGUUAGGGCCCUGAACGGCCUCGUCUCUCGGCCCGUCCAAGUCCGAAGGAUUCUGAAGCAAGCCUCUCUCAACCACGUCAUGUGGUUCGUCUUCGGGAGGCAGUACGAGCUCGAGCAGGACACCGAGGAGAUGAGGGAGCUGAGAAGCUUAGUGGAAGAAGGCUACGAGCUCCUGGGCCAGCUCAAUUGGUCGGACCACCUACCGAUGCUCACCGGUCUGGACCUGCAGCGCGUUCGGUCUCGCUGCUCCGGGCUCGUCCGCCGGGUCGACCGGUUCGUCACCCGCAUCAUCGAGGAGCACCGAGUCGCGCGCGCGCGCGACUCGGAGGCCGCUCCCGCUCCCCGAGACUUCGUGGACGUUCUGCUGUCCCUGCAGGGCCCCGAUAAGUUAUCUGACACCGACAUGGUCGCCGUUCUCUGGGAGAUGAUAUUCCGGGGUGCCGACACCGUGGCGGUGCUGAUAGAGUGGGUACUCGCGCGGCUGGUGAUGCACGGGGAGGUGCAGGCGAGAGCGCAGGCGGAGCUGGACGCGGUGGUGGGCGAGGACCGGGAUGUGACGAGAACCGACGAGGCGGGGCUGACGGUGGCGCAUCUACCGUACCUGCAGGGGGUGAUAAAGGAGACACUGAGAAUGCAUCCUCCAGGCCCGCUGCUGGCGUGGGCCCGCAUGGCCACGUCGGACGCGCUCGUCGGCGGGGCCCUCGUGCCUGCGGGGACGACGGCGAUGGUGAACAUGUGGGCCAUCGCGCGCGACCCGGCGGUUUGGCCGGACCCGCUCCGGUUCGAUCCCGGCCGGUUUACGGACCAGGCGGCCGAGUUCCCGGUGAUGGGAACGGACUUGCGACUGGCGCCGUUCGGGGCCGGGCGGCGGAGCUGCCCCGGGAAGGGGCUAGCCAUGGCCACGGUGGAGCUCUGGGUGGCGGCGCUGGCGCACGAGUUCGAGUGGCUGCCUCCGGACGACGGCGCGGCGACGAGGGAGCUCGACCUCUCGGAAGUGCUGCGACUCUCCUGCGAGAUGGCGGUGCCGCUGACGGUAAGUCUGCGACCGCGACGGGGGUUGGCUUGAUGGGAGGUGGUGCGCCGCCCUCAAUGUAUAUACUAUGGUUAACGAUGAUUGCAGUGGCUUCUAUCUUUUAGUUUUACUUGUGUAUGAUAUUUAUGUGUAAUUAUGAAAGAUAAUAUAUACAUAAAUUCCCCUAAUGUCAAUAUUUUUGCA